AUGGUACCCUCUGUGAAAGUUCUCUUGUUUAGUUUAUUACUUUGCCUUUGGCAAUACCCCAAUCACUACGUCCUAGUGCACGCAACCCCAUGGGGUAGCAUAUCAGGAACUAACCAAUAUGACACCUUAGGUGUUGUACGGAUUAGUAGAUCAUUAAUGGGUGAAACUGAUAAAGGAGAACAGGCACAGAAUAAAUUCCUUGCUAGUCCUAAAGGAGCUUCUCCUAGAAAUAGCGCGUCGGAUGGGAUGUCUAAAACAUCAAGUACGGAAGCUAAAUCAAAAGUGCUCAUACUUCUAAAAAUUAAGGAACAGUGUAGGAAAAUGAAAAUCGGAACUAGAAAAUGUUGUAACAAAUUGGCACAUGCUAUUAGUGAAAAUAAGGAAUGGCUCCUUCCCGUAUUCGCGACUUUAGUUUUUUAUCCAGCAGCUCUGUAUGUUAUAUACCGCUUUGUUAUAAUCCAUAAUGUUUUAUUAUAUCCGUGGAAUGAAUUUUACAUUACAGUUCCUGUAUUUAUAGUAUGUAUCAUAUUGAGCGUGCUCGUGGGAAAGAGUUCCUGGUGGGAUUGA